AAAAAUUUUGAAUUCGUGUUCUAGUAGUAUUUUCUAAAAUACUGUUAUUCCUUCGUUGUUCUUAUUCGGGAUAAGAUUAUAAUGAGUGGCAAUAAAAGUAGCAGAGAUAAAGACACGCGUAGAGAUAUAUCCCAUGAAGAACCAAAUGAUGAUUUCGUGUUAGAAGGAAGCAUAUUGGCCGAUGCGGUGUCUAGGAUAUUAACUUAUUUUCUGGAGCCACAAAUAGCACCGAAAUUUACCAAGACUAUAAAACACUUUCUUCUUGACAUAAGGCUGAGAAAAGAACAGAAUUCUUAUUCCAUUCAAGUAACAAACCGUGGACCGACGAAUAUUGAUAUUCAGAACCUUUUAAGAUUUACUUUCGAUGACAUUAUUUCUGCAGGAUUAAUUUCUGGGAACUUAAUCGUUGCAGAUGUAUUUAGCAGGGGUGGGGCUGGCCAGCAAGAAAUAAUUCACGAAGCAAAGCUUGCACAAAAGACAAUACUAAUUCAUGACAAUGUCUCCGUUAAAAAAGUACCCAAGUUUCCAUACCUGAAGGAAUAUUUGGCGAUUAAGUUAAAGUGCAAAUUACUUUCCACCGAUUUAACGACGUUUAAAGAAUCGCUGAUUCAAGAAAUUGUCCUGCUACAAACAACUCACACCAACGUGAAAUUUAUGUUCUAUCUCGAUGACGAGAUACUUUACAAUAAUUACAUCAAGCUGGACGACGAUUAUAAAAACUGUAAAUUGUUGAGUUCGGCCCUCGUCGCGGUCAUACAGCAAAGCGUAAACACUACGUUUAGAGAUAAUUGUCUGAGGUUAUUGCAAGUCGCCAAUUCUUACAGCGCUCAAGAAGCGAUUAUGAGUAGAAUAUUACCAAUGAUUCACGGGAAUUAUACGUUUGUUGAAGAAAGUUCCCCGAUUACUGAAAACGAAAAUACCCCAGGAACGUCCAGUGAAUACCGCAGAAAACAAUGUUAAAGAUGAAAAUGGUGUACCAAAGUUCACAAUAACAGGUAAAUAAAUAUAUUUUCAAUAUCCGAAACAUAUACUCAUUGCGCAAUAAUAUACAUAAUUUCCAAUGAUUCGACCAAAACCUUAAGGUGAAGUGAAACACGUCGAAGAACU